CAAUGACCUCGGAGACAAAUCUUUCUCUGGAGAGCGCGCACGUCCAGCACCCCGUCAUGACGUCUCCGCACUCGUCCAGCAACCUCUGCGUCACCACGGCGGCAUCGUACCCGGAGCCGAGGUGGGUUGAGCGCGGAGCCUCCUUUCUCCGACGCAUCAAUCUUGAACGUGUUGCGGAGGAUCCUCGCUUGAAAUUGUUGAUCACUGGGCAGCACCCCCCAGAAACUGGUCUCCUCUCUCCGCAUUCUCUUCAUCCGCUGAAUGAUGAACUACCUGUUAUGCUUGCAAGUUCAUCGCCGCCACAACUGGGAGGACCUGCGUCGUGGCCGCGAUCCCUGAAGGAAUCCAUUCAAAACACGUUUUUCAACAAGAAUCACGAAGAACCCCUGCUGCACUUGUCUCCUCGAAUGGCUGUGCUUGCACCGCACUUCAUGCACACAAUCCUCAAACUCUUUGCUGCCAAGAUAUCGACAAACUCGUGGAGCGACGCCCAGCAAGCGAUGGCGACGUUGGACUCUGCGAUUGCCGCGCGAUUCGCCGACAAGGCAUGUGUCCUCGACUGCGGUCUCUUGGACGCGAUUCAGAAAACACAUCAAAAAGGUUUGGUGCCUGACACGUUUGCAGGUGGCCGCGUGACGUCGCUGCCCUUCAAACGAGGCGCUGUGCCAACGAUGCAUGCCAUGUUCGUCGCGACCUCGACUGUGUCGUCGUGGCUGGCCCUGCAUGAAUCGCAUGUCGUGAUCAUUCUCGCGCCUAAUAUCGAGCAAAUGAGUCUCUAUCUGGCAUGUGCUGCCAUUUAUCGUGCUCCGUUCUCGUCCGACUUGGUGCCUUACGGAGAACGGAUCCUGCAAUGGCUAGCUGAGAACGUCGAUGCAGCGGAAUCGCUGGCCCUCCGCCUCUCCAAGACGUUCGCCGACUCUGACACUCGAAACACAAUGUAUAUCCCAGGCCUUCCUCGACCACAGCUUCGAUUCCUCCAAGACUUUGCAGCGCUGCUCGUCCUUCGAGACAAGCAGCUCAUGGCAUCGGUUGUGCAUGAGACGCCGACUCGAUCGACGCUCAGUGGUGCCGCGGUCCUGCCGGCGCUGCACCCGUUAUACAUCCACCAGCUCGUCCUUCUCCCGACUCCAAAUGCCAAUAAUCGAUACCUGCCCGACAACUGCUACCGCCCGUACUUUGUCCUACAGGAUGAACAAGGGCAUGUGUUGUACUCGAGCAUGGUCCUCGGCAUCCGCAGCAUCCUUCCCGUAGACGGACCGCACGCGUUCAAGGUGGGCCGGGAAGUUCGCACGGGCGACCUCCACUUGCACAUGUACCACGUGCCUGUGAACAGCCGCGGUCAAAUCGUGAUGGAAACGCGCCUCAACUGCAGUUUGCUCUUUGAGCACUUGCAAGGCCGUGGCAAAGGCGAGCUCACGCUGCGGAUGAAAGACGGUGAUUUGGACUGCGUGUCGAAAUUGUACACGCCGCACUCUGAUUUCGCCCUUCAGGUGGUCUACGGUGUGGACGGUCAAACGUUUGCAAGCGAACUGGCCGACGAAAACGCGGCUGCCUUGGACGACGCUCCAGCGGCUCGAGGACGCCAGCCCAGCCUCACGAAUAACGUUGUCCUGGCGAUUCCCCGAGCCAAUGUGCGGCGACAAUUGGUGCCCGAGGAAGCGCUGAUCUUGGCGAGUUUCACAGUGACCGACGAUGUCGUGUACUCGUCGGUGGGCGACGUCCAUCUGAAGCAAGUGGACGUGUGCCAGCGCGGCGCGUCCGUGUACCUCCAGUUUCACGUCCAAUGCGGGGACGGCCAGCUUCGCGUGCUGACGACCAACCAAUUGUUUGGGUACACAUUGCCUGCGCCCGUCAUUGCCAAGCUGAACGAAGUCGGUGCCCUCGAACUCGUGGCGCAAAUGCCGCAGUUCGAUCCGUCGAUCGCAGCCGACUCGUUCGAAGAGCAGUACGGGCUGUGGCUCCAACGCCAGUUCGACGACGACAUUUCGCGCCUCUCGACGCAAAUUCGCAUUGGAACGACCCCCACGGACAUCGAGAACCUCGUGGCACAACACGGAGAACUCGGCCUGGUGAUGCUAGCCAACCAACUGCAGCAGGCAGAACUGAACACGCGGGGGGCGUCCAUGCGUCUGAUAGCGCAGCUGCCGACGCGGGUGUUCGAUGAGUCGAGUGGAAAGGCGGACGUCGAGUGCCUCGUAUGUCGGUACGACUUUGCCACGGGCGAUGAAAUCCGCACGCUGCCGUGCUUUCACACGUAUCACUCCAACUGCAUCGACCCGUGGCUCCGCAUGAACAAGGUGUGUCCGGUCUGCCAAGUCUCGAUCGAGCUGCAUCUGGAAUCGCACGGCGAAUAAUGUACCGUCGCCUCCAAUAUAUCACAUAUAUAUCCAUCCACACAUCUACCCUGGGCUAUGACUCCAUCGAGAUGAGGGCACCAUCUGAACUCGAUGGACUGUUCGACAUUCGUGCGCUUUGUCGCCAAGAGGACGUGCCGAUGGUCGGGCGGACAUGCUUUGGAAUAUCUUGGUGGUAUCGGUCGUCGGGUUGAAUUCGUGGGUUUCCGUGGCACGGACGUCGCUCCGUCGUGUUCACCUGUCCAUCCCCCUGCAUCGUCCAUUGUGUCGCAUGGAAUUCGCCUGGUUUUAAUGGACGCGAACGAUCGAGUGCGGCGCUGCCAGACAUUCCCGACUGCCGUCGCAAUGUGCAA